AUGGCUUCAUCUCCAGAUUCUAGCAGUACGGUAGAUAGGCGGCAGCGGCCUGUUUCCACCAAUCAGACUAGCGCUUCUGCACGCGCACGGACGUCUCCUCGCCCGAUCUUUCCUCAGCCAGAUGAUCCCGGUAGUGCUUCUACCAGGGAUGAACCGAGCAGUAGCUUGGACCGUCCUCGCCCUACCCUUCCUCGAGUGGUUGUCCCCACGUUCCCGGAGCGGAACCGCCCGCAGGGACAGCGCAACGCCGAUGCUGACCCGCCAUCCCCUCGCCAUCGCAUGACGAAACGCCAGCGCAAGGGAAUCACCGCAAAGGAGAAUCUCCACUGGUUGAAGAUGCAGGACUCGCAGCCCGACCUGUCGAAUCGCGCCCUGGCGAAGCUCGCGAAGGUGCAGCCAUGCCAGAUCCGCGAUUGGAAGAAGAUGAGGGAGCGGCUGGAGGUCUCUUCCAGCUGCCGUCGUCGCCUCAUGGGAGCUGGCCGCAAGUCCAAGUUCCCUUUCAUGGAAAGGGCGGUCUACCGCCAAUUCCUCAAGCACAGGGGGAGGGGGCUCACCGUUUUGGUCAGCAUGCUCCAGAAGUGGAGCGCCAAGUACAUGAAGCACCAGAUGCCCGGGCCUCUGGAUGUGUCAAUCAACCGCGCGUUCAAGUGCGGUGUGCGCCAUCGCUACACUGGCUGGUUCGAAGAAGAGGGCAUCAACACCACCACCAAGUCCGUCCUGGACGACGUCAACGACCUGGUUGACGACGAGCUCGUCGUCAGCCCCUUCUACGUCGAAGUCCCCAUGCCGGCCGAGGAGCUGCAGGCGGCGGCAGAGGAGGCUGACGCCGCUGAGGAGGAUGCGGAAGCGGCGGCGGCAAAGGAGGAGGGGGGCGUGCUUGAGGAAGGCGGGGAGGCAGAAGAGCCCAGCGAUGACGAAUGGUGGCGCCCUGGCCGCUUUGACGGGGAAGACUGUGAAGAAUGGCAUGCAGGAGACGAUUCUGAGUAG